AUGGAAAGAGGGGGAAAAAUUGCGGCUAUAUUUGUCGGUCAUUUCGUGUCGCGCCGUCAUAAGGUUUUUUUAUUUCUAUUUUCCCUCUUAUUUUUCUUCACGUCCGUUAUGUUGUUGUCCAGUUGCUUCCUUCUUAGCACUCCCAGCUUUUUUUCUACUGGGACUUCGGAGGGAAGUUCCAUAUCGCGGGGAAUUGUGUCGUUUUCCUCAGGCGAGCUUCCGUCUUCCAAUGUUGCAGCGGAUACUGCUACCAUUUUUGUUUCACUUGCUUCAUUUCGUGAUAGCGAGUGCGUGACAACGCUGGACCGUCUUUUCAGUGCGGCAAAAAAUCCACACCGCGUGUUUGUUGGUAUCAGCGAGGAGCGAUUUGGGAGUGAAAGCGGCUGUACCAACUCUCCUACACUUUUAGGGUUCGUUGGAAGUCAGCGUGAUUUUAAUAUUCGUUGGCGUGACGUUGUGCCCCGUGCAUUUGAUGAGGCGACAUCAGAUGAGUUCCGACCACCUCCGACAACUCCGCUACUACACGCAAGACGUGAGAACGACGUUCUCACAUGUUUCCUCAAACCCAAAAUUUCGCGACCGAGUCCGUUACCGCAAGGCAAAGAGCUUUUGCGCAACUGUCAGGUCGUCACACGUGUCGGUGAUCCGGAUGAUGCACGGGGCCCCACCUACGCACGGUACAUCACUAGCCUUUUUUACGUAGAUCAGGAUUAUUAUAUGGUCAUUGACAGUCACAUCAGAGCGCUUUUGGAGUGGGACGAGAAGAUGAUUAAACACGCUCGGCUUAUGCCAACUCGGGGAGUUUUGUCGCAUUACCCUAACGGCUACACUCCGCAGAAUCCAGACAAGGAAGUUAAUUACACUCAUGUGAUGGCCAUGUGCAAGGCUGUCAUUCCUCCCACCAACAUCCCAAAGCUUGGGGCUCGAUGGAUUUUGAAAAGACAGCGUCCACUUCUUCAAUCACUUGUGGCCGCAGGCUAUAUCUUUGGUGAUGCUCAGUUUGUGAAGGAUGUACCAUUUGACCCCUAUCUCCCCUACUUAUUUGAGGGGGAGGAAAUGCUGUACACUGCACGACUCUGGACAAAUGGGUGGGACAGCUACUGCCCGGGAGAUUCAUUUGUCUUCCACAACUAUGAACGAGCGUCCGCGCCAAGGUUUUGGUCCGCAAUAUACAAGAGCAACCAGAGCGAAAGCCGGAAGCGGCAGGAAAAAAUUGGGGUUCUUCGCGCACUUUACUUAAUGGAAAGGAAGGAGCUGAACACAACAGUACCGCUUGUUUCGCGUGACGUAGCGCAGAUCGUGUGUCCCGCCAUCAGUAUCGAGGAGGGCCGCUUUGGCAUGGGAACCGUAAGGCCACUUGACGCUUUCUGGGAAUUCGCUGAGCUUACCGAUGCGUUCUUGAAGGAGAAGGACGACGAAGGGCGGUGGAUGGGUGGUGAGGGGUUGUGUCACCAGUUGGAGGCGCUUAGUGCCUCCAUCAAACAUAUGGCUUCUGAAGAUUAG